AUGGAGAAAAUCCCAGAUAAGGAACGAAAACCUGAUCAACGUUAUCCUUUGGCAAAACUAGGUAGCCCUUUGCUCGUUGUGGUGAUAGCGGGCCUGAUUGCGUGUGUAAUAUUUCAAUUCAUUACUUUGGCCUCUACGGAAAGACGACUUAAGGAAGUUGAGAAAAAGCUGAAUGAAAUUUCAAAGAAACGUUCGGAGUACACCCAGUCCGAGAUGGAGACAAACGGUCUGCUAAGCUCCUCAAGACAUAGGAGAAGUGCUAAUCCUAAGACUAAUUUGUCAGAUCUCACCAAGAAACUUGUAGCACUGGAGAGCAGGUAAAGUGUGUUACAUUGUGGAGCAGGCUAUUUUUUUUGCAUUUGAAUGUAACUAAAGCUUGAUUAUAACGCUACCUUUAAUGAAACCAUUUAAACCUAAUGACGCCGAUUUAAUCUUAGAGUUGAACAUUGAUUUCGUUUACUGAGUCAAGGUACUGAAAAACAAAUAAAUAAUGAACAGGAGUAUAACAAAUAACUCACGAUAAAGGUCAAGGUCUUCAAAGUACCUACGUGAUUACCUCGCAAAAUCGUGAGUUAUUAUAUUCGGUGAAAUUACUAAUAUCUAGGAAUGCGGACAAAUCACCGCCCGUUGCAUCGCGGAAGUUGAUUUAGCCACGUGUAAAAAAGAUAGCGGAUGUUAUGAAUAUGUAUUCGCAUCUUGUUAGUCUAUAAACAUACACAUCACGUAAAGAGAUACCAAAUUACGUUUUCUCGGAUGACCGUUACGCAAGUAUUCGCCCGAGAGUCAGCACUGACAACACGAAAAAGGGAAGAGAUCUUCCAGCACUGAACAAUAAGGAAGGAGGAAAUUAAAGAUAGAAAGUGCUGAAAGCGAAGGUUAAGAGAGGGUUUGUUAAAUUAUUGGGCCCCUUAGGGUCUUAUCUCGUGAAUAAAUGAAUGCUCAUGGAUAUUAAAUUUUAGAUACUCCAGAUGUCCUUUAAUUAUCUCCUUUGCAGGACAGAUAACCUUUUGAAAGAAUUGCGUCUCAAGUCUUCCCCUCGAGGUUAGUUAAGAAUAAUAUGUGCUCAUUGUUGCUAUCAUAAUGAUUGUUUGACAGUUAUUUAUCAAUUAAAUACGAAGCACGGCACAGAGACAUCUGGCGUAAAGGAAGGUACGUUGGCCUGAAACAAUCCAAAUCUUCCCUCCCCCCAUUUUGGGAUUAUAGAGAUUUGCUGUGGAGUUUUCAAAGAUUUGGAAAAUUUUGCUCAGUUUCGACUUCAUUUGAGAGAAUUGAUAUGCGCCGGAGUCGGAAACCAGCCUCCUCAAAAGCGACCGGUUUGUUUAGAAGCACAGGUAAUGUCAAUAUGAUUCAAAGGGUUUCAAAAGUCCUUUCUAGCUAUCUAUCCAUACCUGCUAUCGAGUCGAUAAGAAUAUUUAUAACACUUUUGUUUGGGUUAUUGAGUGGCCACUUCAAAUUGCUAUGUCAUCAAAAUCUGACAAACACAGUAAGAUAUCAACUUAGACGCAUUUUGCUAUUUCGUUGUCACACCCAGUUGACCUCAAUUUUUUGCGACAGUAUUUUUUAAUAAACUUGGAACGUCUCUUUGAAAACUGAAUCAUAUUUGAUGACAACUUAUUCACUUACAUGUACUUUUAUUUGGCUUUUAUCAUUUUUUCCUUCGCUUACAGCAUGGUUGUUGUUCCUCUCUUCAAGGAACCAAUAAUUCUUAAAAGUAGUCAAAUAAUGUCUCAAAAAAGCCUGAUAAAAAUCGGUGCUGAUUGAAAUUGUCAAAAUGGCCAAUGUCACACAAAAUACACACGGCGUGAUAUUCUUUUACAUAACUUUAAUCGAAAAACUUCUAGUCGAAAGAUUUCCGAUCAGUUCAUAUCAUUUAUCAAAUGAAUUAAUUUAUUCGGAUAUAUUUUACUCCACAAUCCACAUAUCCAUUUCCAUGCUCAAGAUGUAACGCCAAUCAGUGUGGAAUGAACAAACAUUUGAUUAUUCCAGUAAUUCCGUGCAAUUUUGUCUUCCAUAAUGAUUAUAGUGAAUACCACGCAAAUUAAUUAAAACAUAUGAUCAAAUGCGCUUAAAAUCUUCGCUUCAAAACUUUUUCAGGUCGAGACGGAAGAGAUGGCAUGUCAGGCUCCCCCGGACCUGCUGGUAAUAUAAUUAUAAUAUUAUACUGAUAAUAAUGAUAAUGAUAAAACAAAUGCCAGAAGAAGAAAAAAAAAACAGAAAAGAAAGCAACAAUACCUCUUACUCAGCGGUUAACAUGAAUAAGAUCACAAUUUGUCUGGUAAAUUGUCUCCAUACCAAAGAGACUUAUCUCUCUUGCCGCGCAUUGUCAGCAAAAUAAGUCAAUUUUCCUUUUUUUUCUUUUCAUUACGACUUAAGUUUCAAAUAAAAGUAACUAAAGUGUAUUAUAUCAUAUUAUCAAAAUCCAUUUCCAGGACGGGAUGGAAGAGAAGGACCCGCAGGACCGAGAGGACUUCCGGGACCAAAAGGUAUUACCAUGGAAUUAAGGGUUGCGAUCGGUUAACGUAAGAUUUUCAGCUAAACGACUUCCUUGAUUCCAAAUGAAAUUAAAAAACAUUCUUUAAGGGAAACAAGCAGAAUACAUGUCUCUAAUUUGCUUUUAGCCUCUAGGGAUGACACAGUUAAGUUAAAUUUUGCCUGGUUGGACAAUUUUUCUUCAUAUUAUGUUGAAGUACGUCAAAUUCCUCCGAAAGAAAAAAAAUGAUCAAAAGACAUUAGCCUUAUCAAUCAAACCUACCGUUCUUAUGCUGUUGCCUAAAAGAUGGAGAUUUUCUAAACCAACACUAAGCGUCUUUAUGGCUAAUGUACCAAAGUAUUACACGCUGAUAACUUUGUAUUUUGAUGAGGUGACGUCGGCCGAACGGGAAGUACUGGACCCCAGGGACCUCCUGGCCCUCAAGGAAAAAAAGGACAAGAAGGAUAUGGGCUGUCAGGUGUCAGUUACAACCGCUGGGGACGAAAGAACUGCUCUGGCGAUGCAACUUUAGUGUACAGAGGUAGGGAGGAAAGAAACGUUGGUGACCCGAGGAAUUCAAGUUGUUCUCGGAUGUUGUCAGGAUGUUGUUCUUGAUUAAAAACCACCACUUUUCUCUCGUUGAUAUUAUUUUAACAGAUCAGUACACCCAUGAAGAGACCCCAAAUAUUGGGCCAUAAAAGGAAAAGAGGCAAAACAAAUAAAAAACAGGAGCAGCAGCAAAAAACAACAACAACAAAAACAGACAAGCAGAACGCACAAAACAACAAACAAACCAUAUCAAGUCUUAGAAAAAAACUAUAAGUGACUUUAAAACUGAUAUAAAGGCUGAAGCUAGCUCAAGGCUCUGUCUUUUUUUCAUUUUUUGGUAGGAUUUAUGGGCAGUGGAUAUUAUACACACACUGGUGGCGGAACAAACUUCGUUUGUCUCACCGACAAUCCAAUUUAUGGAAAAGUCGUUGCUGGCUGGCAAGGUACAGCAGCAAUCUAUGGCACCGAGUAUCAAACCUCUGGGUUCCCAGGCCUUUCGAACCUAGACCAGCAUGAUGCACCGUGCGCUGUGUGUUACGUCAGGAAACGUGGCUCCCAAAUAAUGAUACCUGGAACAAAUAAGUGCCCCUCGGGAUGGACCAGAGAAUACAAGGGGUAUCUGAUGAGCUCACACUAUGACCACGCCCACCCCAGUGAAUAUGUAUGCAUUGACGAGGGUGCAGAGGCUAUACCUGGAAGCCACAGCGACACAAAUGGAGCCCUUUUGUAUAUGGCACAGGGAGAUUGUGGACACGCCUUAACAUGCGGACCGUACAUCCAUGGGCAUGAACUGACGUGUGUUGUCUGCACAAAGUAG